GCCAUUUUGCCGACGGUCGUGUUUACGGAGAGAAACAUUACAUUUUUAGUUAAAAAUAGUCAAAGAAUAUACAGUGAAAUAUGAAUUCCGUCCAUUGGAGUGCACAGGAGGACGAGAUUUUGAUUGAUUUUGUGAAAGUAAACGAAGCAUUGUACAAUACAAAAUGCGCAGAUUACAGAAAACCGCAUGUGAAACAAAACUUGUGGUGUGAAAUCGCUGAAAAGUUUCCGAACAAAACUGAUGUCGAUUGCUCCAAAAGAUGGUGUUAUGUACGAGACUACUAUAUCAGGCGUAAAUCCAGACCUGGCACUUGUGGAGAAACCGCUAAAAGGAGGUUUGAACUCCUACACUUCUUAGACAAAUUCCACCCAAGGUACAGCUCUAUGAAUGGCUCCGAUGGGACCAUAGUAGACGGGAGUGAGAGUAUCGACAACAUGGAUAAUAGUGAAGGGACACCGUCCCAAAAUGAGGAAACCUAUGAUGCUCCUGAGUACCAGGACAACCAAGAUAGCAAUUACGGCGAUGAUGGUAAUAACGAUUACAUCCCUAAUCACAGAAAACGGAAAAUUGUAGAUGGAAUGCAGCAAAUACGUAUUACAAAUAGUAAUGAACCAGAUGAGAAUGACCUAUUUUUUAGUUCUAUGGCAAAGAUUGUGAAGAAACUAUCGAGGUACGAACAGGCACAGUUGAGAAUGCAAAUUGGGACGUUGGUUGGUAACGCUGAGUUACGCUGCAUUGAAAACGAAUCAACGAUGCCACAAAUUAGCAACGUUAUACAAAAGACUGAGUUUUAGGAAUACAUUACCUAGUGUAUAAGAUACGGUUGCGAAGCGAACGUAAGACAGCAGAUUCAGGUUUCGAGGGUUCCUGAAGUUCAAGCCUUUAUUUUUUAUAAAUGGUAAUACUUGUUUUUUAUUUUUUCGUGAUUGUAGUAUCUCCCAAGUCAAAGACAAUGUGGUUAUUAUAAUUCGAUUUGUAUGUAUGUGUAUAACCUUAG